AUGCCCAACUCCGAGCUCCAAAGUCUGCGCGACUCUGCAGUCAUCACCAUCAUCUACAUUUUCGGAUUGACUUACUUUUCUCUCUUUGUCCUGCAAUUUCUUCUGUUCCAUUUCCCGUCAUCUCCAGAUGCGAUCAUCAGUUCACUCUCUGUGAUCUCCUUUAGCGGCGGUGGUCUAUUGUGGUACUUGUCAAGCCUAAUUUACCGAACGAUAUCUGCGUUCCAGGGAGACGGUGCAGCGCACUGGCAGAAGCUCGAGUUUGGUGGGGCUUUGAUCCUUAUCUGGGCGUCAACGGUUCCAGCUGUGGUCUUGCAAUUCACCACACAGCCUUCCAUCCAGCUUGGCUAUCUGUUCGCAUUUACCCUAGUCGCCGUUGGAAAUUUGGUGGACUUUUUGGUUUGCGAUCCCACCAUCUCUACGGCGCGAAUGAGGUUUCCUUACCAUUGUGUCUCACUGGGUCUCCUCUCCCUGGCUCCAACCAUCCACGCCCUGACCGGGACGCUGCCAAGUCCCCCGCCGCUGGCGAUCCAACUUGGCCAUUUCGCAAUUUACACUACGAUCGGUGCUGCAAUCUACAGAAUCCAACCACUUGAGACUAUCGGGGUAUUCAGUAGUUGGCGGUCUAGCCUCUAUGUGAUGCACUUGGUUUUGGCAUACAGUGCUGUUAGUUACUCUAGAGUCGUAUUGGAAACCGCAACAGGCUCUGCCACUUGA